CCCCGGUCGAGUGGCUUAUUAGCCAAUGUUGCCGAGAUAUUGUAAUGAUUAAAAAUAAUGGUUGAAAGAGUUUUCAUCUUUUAAAAAAUAUUUAUCUGACUCGGAUUCUGAAUUAGUCAGGAUAAUAUAUUCUCAACCCCUUGUUUUAUAUUCAUCAAUGAUUAAAGUACUUGUAUCAACUGAAUUAUCUGGCUCGAACCGAAGAAUCUGAGCAAUGACUUUGACUUCAGUUGUGUAAUAGUAUUCCAAAAGUGCCGAUCCCGGUUUGACGGAACCGGUUGAACGGUUCAGGUCCGGUUUAGCUUUUUUUUCUAUUUUCUUGUUCAGUUUCUCCAUUCUCAGGCAUCUCCCUCGCUUCUUGUUUCUCUACUUUAUAUUCUUCACCUCUGCCGCCAAAUCGCCGCUGCCGCCGCCACCACCAAUAUCACCACCACCGCCACCUCCACCUCUUUUUGGCCGGCUUAGAGUAUCGCUGCACUAGGGCUAUCAGCCCUGUUUUUCUGAACCCGAAACUUGUUGCUGAAAGACUGUCAUACGCAAUCUCCCUUCUCACAAUCUGCAUUCUGUUCCGCCCCGACGUACUUAACCGCUGUACUCAGCAACCAGCUGACUCCGAAAUUCCAUACAGGUUUGUCUUCAUUACCAUUUUUUUUCAAAAACAUUAUAGCUUUUGAUUUGGUACGCAUUGCCAGUAACAAAGCAUUUGAUGACUUUGAGCUAUAUGAGAAUAUCAUUUAUCUUAAUUCUUCUAUUACAACGGACCAUUUUGUGGAUUUUCUGCCCAUAUUGUAGGUUUUGGUUCCUCUUGUUUGAAGUAAUACUUUGAUUUUAAGUGUAUCAUAGUGUCAGUUGCAUUGAUAAUCAUUGUGGGGUUAUCUCUUCAUAUUUUUUUAGUGCUUUAACUAUUGAUUUAUGUGCUUCAUACCAUUCAGUGUUCUUGCGAGUAGACAUUAACUAAGUAAUCAACAAAAAUGAAUGUGACUUUUUUCGGUUUUCCUGCUUAAUGGAAACAGAGAGGGGUAUAUUAAAGAUUACCGAAUAGCGUGUUUACUCUAUUGGACAUAUAAACGAUCUAUUAUACCCUUUUCAAUCGCCAAAAGUAUGUUCAUUUCCUUGAUGAUAAUCAUAUUUAAGGGGGUUUUUCUUCAUAUGUAAUGGUGCUUUAGUUAUUGAUUAAAGGUGUUCCCUACAUUUUUCUUCUUCUUACAAAUAGUUAGUGUUUUAAACAAGCAACAAAGGAUGAAUCCGGCUUCUUGGCUUUAACCUUAGCGAAAAAACUAGAGUGGUAUUAAAAGAUCAUACCCUCUCCUAUGCAUAAGGCCGAAUAUUCCGGCCUUAUAAAUGGGAGCUGAGGGAGUACAAAGAUUGUGUUUACCUUCUUGGGCAUAAGAAAGGGGUUAUCUGUCCUUUUUUCCUUCGUAAAAAGUUUCAUUCUAAUGUGUAGCUGGCUUAUUUUUUCUCUUUAUCUUAAUUUUUCUGGCUUACUGAAAUCGUUCUUGUUGUAUGGGGUGGAGACGGCAAUUGAGGUGUAGGAGUAUUAUAGCUCUGGGAUAUGAAUGGCCACAUUUCUCUCCAGAUACUACUUCUUCCAACUGUCUCCCAAUAUCAUUUGGUUAGCUUUUCCAGAGGUCAAUUUAUGAGACUAUCGUAAGGGUAUUUAGUGAAGAUAGAAUGUAAUGAUUACUUCUGUUAAAAAGUUGUUAAAGGAUGUAGAGCAUUUACCCAUUUGCUUGGCUUUGCUCUUGAGUUUGAAGUUUGUAAUGCUUGAAAUUGGUUUAGGCUAGAUGAUUAGUCAAGUAGGAGAUACAGACCAGAGGGAGUUUUUGUUCUUCCUUCCUAUCCUGAGAUCUAUUUCCCGCUGCUUUGGUCGGGAACUAGAUAGUAAAGGCUUGCUAUUUAAAAAUUCCCCAAACAUUAAUUUCUUAGGUAAUCAUUUUUUUAUAAUGUAAAUAUGCUGGGAGUAUAAUUUAAAUUGAAAUGUGGAGGAUUAUUUUUCAUAACUUAAUCCAGCUUGACAAGAAACCAAGAAUCGCAGAAUUGCUCGUGCACUUACUGAUGCUCUGCUUGGUAAAUUGGUAACUUUGGGUGGGAUUGAACUCUGAAAGAGGGGGUUUACUGAAUUCCGAUUUUGUGCUAUUCUUGGGGCUGCCUUGUAGCCCUUCAAAUUAGAGUUUGGAAAUAUUAAAAGGUUUCUGAAUUUUGUAUUGCAGAAAAUUUUUGUUAAUUUCUUGAAUUUUCUUUUCAUGGAGAUUUGCAACUAAACUUUCUGAGUGGUAUCUUUUUGGUCAGAUCCCAGCGAGCGUGAAGAAAAAAUUUUCUUACGGACACAGUUAAUGUUCUAGUCCCAAUUUUAGAUGGCUACAUCUGCUGCUUCAAGACUAAUUUGGGGUAUUUGAUUAUUUCUUUUUCAUUUUUUAUGUUUACUUAUUGCAAUUUUUUCUGCUUGUUUUGAGGAAUUUUGUUAGUUGUGGAUUGAAGAAGUUGUUGAGCAGCUCCCGCAGAUGUAAACACCUUUUCUUUUAGGCACAGAUAUCGUCACUGUGCCUUAGAAUCUAGGAUCGGAAAUCUAAAAUCUAGGAACUUCCUGCUGAGUAGCAUUUUUUUUUUUUUUUUGAAUACCACUGACAACUAAAAUUCAAACAAAAGAUGGCACCAAAAAGUUCCUCUCUGAAAAUUCGGUUAAAACACUGCUUCAAGUUCUGAAACUGGCUGUGCAUCUCGCGAAAUUUAUAAAACCAACCUUUGGCCUUGGGACUUUCUUCACUGUGCCUUUCAUAUACUUUAGUAUCCUUUGCAGUUCGCUUCAUUGUGAAAGUUUGCUGUCUUAUUGAUACUCAGUUCUGGACUGCAGUAGAUGACCUGAUUAAGGAAAUUUGAAUAAUAUAAACAUUUGGCUUGUGUUAUAGAUGAAAGUUAUAGAAAUAGUGGCAGCCAUUAAGAUUAAGAAGCUUUAUUCCUUGUGUGAAAGAUUUGUUGCAAAUUGAAAUUUGAACGUUUGUACUAGUAUCUUUAAUUGCAAUUGUUUUUACUCUGAUUGUUCUGUUUAUCUCUGUAUUUCUGUAUCUCAAACAUAUUUCUACAGCGAAUUUUGUUGGUUUAUCUUUUCUGAAAUGUCAAUUUAUUGAAUCUAGAAUGCAUUAGCUGCCUUGAAUGGAAUGUUGCAAAAUUCUGAGUUUAGUCUUCCUGUUCCUCUAAUCUUUUUUUCUCUCUUUCAUCUGCUUCACCUUCAUAAACAACUUCAGCUGGUGGUUCAUUGUUGGGGAGCAUCAGCAAGAAUCCCGGUGAAUUAACUAGAACGCCAUGUGACAUCUCCACCCCCCAAUAUUGCUCUCAGGUUAAGUUCCUUUCACUUAGACCCUGCAGAACUUUCAUUAAGCAUUUACAUUUAAACGUCAAGUGACAAUAUUUUAGCAAAUUGAUAAGAUAAUCUAUAAACAAUACGCGGACUGCGUUCUGGAAGUUUUGCAUUAACUACACUAAAGGAUGGGUUGGAAGACGAAAGCAUCAUUUCUAAGUGUGAAUAAAAUUUGUGAUUGGUGUUCUCUUCUCUAAGAAAGCGUGCUAUGUGUCACAGCAAUUCAGGACAUUUAUACAGAUGAGGACCAAUCUCAAAGUAGUGGACAACUCUGGGGCAAAGAGGGUAAUGUGCAUACAGGCAUUGAAAGGGAAGAAAGGAGCAAGAUUGGGAGACAUGAUUGUCGCAUCGGUAAAGGAAGCUCAAGCUGGAGGAAAAGUGAAGAAGGGGCAAGUCGUGUACGGGGUCGUGGUUCGUGCAGCCAUGCAGCGAGGGCGUUGCGAUGGAAGUGAAGUGAAGUUUGAUGACAAUGCGGUGGUGCUUGUGAACAAGCAAGGGGAACCAAUUGGAACCAGGGUGUUUGGGCCAGUCCCACAUGAGCUGAGGAAGAAAAAGCAUGUCAAAAUUCUGAGUCUGGCUGAGCAUAUUGCGUGAGGUCUGUGGUCCUUUCCAUUGUAUGUAACUUUCUGGAAUUCUCUUGGUUCCCUUUUGAGUUCACCCCACAGUGCCAUAAAUGCCUCUGUUUAACAGACAAAAGCGGUCAUUAUUUCCAGAGGAAUGGACAAUUUUAAUUACGCACUAUUUAUCAGUAUUCACAAUAGCAAUUUAUUCUUACUUCGUUGGUGAUUUCAGUUAUUUUAUGUCAACAUCUCGCGGUAAUUGAACUGAAAGCUACAGCUAGGGUUGGAGUUGGUACUGCUGGAGCAUUUUAGAGUUUCUAUCUGUAGCCUUUUGGUUUCAAUCUUGCACCAACUAUGUCCCAAAAAUGUCGCAAUCAUUUUGGGUUAAAAGGAGUAUCAAAAGUGUUAGAAGUCUUCUGGAGAGAUUAAUUCAGAAGGCGUUUAGGUUCGAGAGUAUGUAUGUAGUUUUUCUCUUAGAUGACUUUUGUAGGACCUCUUUUGUUUUCUCAGUGAGCAGUGAUAAAUAAGCUCCUUUCUUUUAUAGAUUGAUCAGUUCGGUCCCUUCAACUGGCUUUAGCCCCCACAGAGGUACCAAGUAAUUAAAAAAAUAAUAAUAAUAAAAUACUCGGUUCGAAAUUU